AUCAACCAUUCCACUAUGCGUUUCUUCAUUCCACGCAACUCUCGUGGUUCCUUGCCUGUCUACACUGACAUUCGCAACGGUGGCACAAAAUACAUCAUCUCAAUUCGGAACGUCCAAGGAAAACUUGACUCUCUUGCCAACGACUUGAAACAAUCCCUCUUCAGCCACAACUCCCCACAAGCAAGUCGUUUAAAAGUCCAGGUCAUAGCACAAAGGCACCUUGUCAUCUCAGGUGGUCGUUGGAAGAAUGAUGUGAUCAAUUGGCUCACGUCCAAGGGUUUCUGACUUGUAGUCACAUGUUCCAUGUCUUCGCACAUCCUAUACAUAUCCCUCUCAUCCGAUGUCUUCAAUUGUGAAUAAAUCUCAUAGGUCACGCGUAUUAUUUACGCGUAUUUUUACCCGACGUGACUCCGUUCGUACUCAGCAAAUAUAAUCAUCAAUCUAAUUUUUUCU